GCUGGCCGUGCCCGUGAACCCGUGCCCGUCGGCGACCGGGCGCGGCGAGGCAGUUCCGACCGCGGCAGAGGCAGGCCCAGCUCCAGGACAGGCGGGACCGCGGGGCUCCAUCACCGUCGUGACCUCGGCGAGGCCGGCGGGCGGCGGCGGCAGAGGCAGAGCGAUGCGGGCGGCGCGGGGGUCGCUGGCCCUGGGCCUCGGGGAGGCCGAGGGUGACUCGACGGACGCGGAGAUCCUGCAGGAGGCGGCCAAGCGCAUGUCCCUGGCCGCGCCGCUGGCAGAGCGCCACCCGGACCGCGAGAAUAAGGACGCGCCGGGGCGGGCCGGGGCGCGCGGCGGCGGCGGCGUCGCCGACAAGGUGCUCCAAGACGGCAUCCUGAAGGAGAAGGUCCACCUCCAGGAGAUGACCCGGCGCACCUGGCAGCGCAAGUGGGGCUUCCUCGCCGAGCAGGAGCUGGCCUUCAAGCAGGAGGCGGCCGCGGUGCGCGUGGACCCGCGGCGCGUGCGGCCGCGCGGCGAGCACCAGCACAAGCGGCACGACGCCAUCCUGCCCUCGCCGCCCAUCCCCCUGCUGAGCUCGGGUCUGGUGGGCUGGCGCUCCUCGCAGCCCGAGCUGAGCCUGGAGCGGGUGGGCGCGCUCUACAAGUCCCCGCUGCGGACGAUCGACCCCCCGGAGCAGCCCGGCGACGUUCCCCGGGGCAGGCAGUCGUUCAUCUUCCUGGGGUAGUCUAGUCUGUGUCCGGCGGCGCGGGCUGCGCUGCGGGGGAGGGAGGGAAGAGGGGGCGCGCCGGGCUGGUCCUCGCCGAGCCAAGCCGAGCGGGAAGAAUUGUUCUUCGUUAAUACUCUGCGCUGGCGGGCGCGCCGCCCAUUCCACUGCGGGGCGCGGCUAGACGACUUUAAUUGCCCCUCCGGUCAGGUGAUAUUGUUUUUCCACGACCUCGGGUACAACAACGCUCCGCCAGAAGCAGCGCGGUCCACGCGGUGCGAGGGACACAAUUUUGUAAGGUUUCUUUUCUUUUUGUACACAAGUUUAUCUUAACAGUUUAUAUUUCAUUUUUUGAAAUCGGAAAUUUUACAUUUUUGUUCUUGGCACUUUUGUACCCCAAUUUUUUGUUCAGCAUAUUUACAUGAUUUACAACGUUCUUAGAACUUUCCAUAUUUAAAAGUGUUUUUAAUUAUUUGGAAGAGAAACAUAUUUGUUAAGACUUUAAUCAAGUUUGUAAAAAUAAACGACGUGGGUUCAAUGAA